CUUUGUCAGCAUAUUUGAUCGCAAAUGGCUGCUGCGUUCUCAUAAUGGUUCCUCUACUUUCAAGGGGUGUUCCUGGUGUAAUAAGCGCGCUUGCAUUUAUUGGAAGCGUACUAAUUAACAAUCUGUGGCCUCUCACAUACAGUUUCACCGCUGAACUUAACCCAACCGAGGCAAGAAACAUAGCAGUUGGCAGCGGGUCUAGCUUUGGUAGGAUGUGUGGGCUGGUCGCACCCUAUAUGCCUCUUUUGUCCGUAUAUUGGUAUGGUUUACCUUAUCUCGUCUUGGGCAGUGUACCUGUUAUCGUAGGUCUGUUAUGCUUUUUGCUCCCCGAGACAAAAGGGAGGAGACUUCCCGAUACGCUUAAAGAUGCUGAGCUAUUCGGAACUGAGCAAUAUGACAACAUGUACCAAGCGACUACAAAUGAUGAAUUCAAGGUCUUAACCACAAACAAUACCAGCCUUGAAGAAUGACCAACAACUAAAAUACAAUCGAUAUCUCUUGGAACCUUACAUAUUAUGUAUCAUUAUUAUGUGUGUUUUAUUAUUAUGUGUAUUUAAUUCAUUUCAUCAGUCAGUGUAUGUAUCUGUUACAACCCAGAGGUGUAAAAAUGCUAUUUCAAGGCCGGAGAAGAAAAAUUUAAAAGGCAAAAGUUGUACAAAGGG